AUGGAUUCAGACAAGAUAGACCAGAUCGAAUGGGAUCCAGAAUGGGAGGAAGAUGAUGCCUCGAAUGCUGCAGCAUAUCAGCAAGAAGAAGCCUUGGACUCAAGCACACGAUACUUUGUCAAUCUAGGAACGACGUCCUCUCUGCUCCAACUCAAGGGCUCGCUUGCCUCCAUCCUUGCUGCUCCUCCAUCGACCGACCUUUAUGCUGCUCUGAUCAACAAGCUCGAGAAGGCCGUGCCUGAGGAGGACAGGGAAGACUUCGCUGCGCUGCUCAUUCAGAAGGCAUGGAGGAAUGUGCGAGCAAGGCGGAAGGCCAAGGCAGACAGGCUCGCAAGGAGGCUGGCGAGCAUCAUGUUACUGCAGUCGACGUACAGGGGUCAUCUAGCUCGACGAUUCGUCCUGCACCUCAACAAGGCGGCAGCUCGGAUACAGGGACUGGCACGGGGACACUCGACGAGGAAGCGAUUGAAAGCUGAGAAGCGGAAGAACUGCGCGAGGAAGAUUCAGCGAUGGUUUCGAGCCUGCAUCACUCGCGACAUCAUGUUCCGCAUGAAGAGGGAGCAGGGAGCUACUUGUCUCCAGCGCGUGUACCGCGGGCAUCUGGGCAGGAAGAGCUGGAGGUUCCGACAGCAGACGCUAGCGGCCAACGCCGUCCAGCGGUGCGUCAGAGGGCACGAAGGGCGCAAGUCAGCGCGGGCUGAGAUGCAGAGGUUGGCGAUAGCGCGGCAGAAGAGGAUGGAGAGGGCGGCUCUCAAGUUCCAGGCGAUCUAUCGGGGGUUCACAUGCAGGAAGUGGAUCAGGAGGAGGAUGCCUGCGCUGGUCCUUGCUCGGAGGAUCCGCAUGGUGCUGCGGCUGCAGAGGGCGUUCCGAGGGUACAGGGGGCGGCUGGCGUACAGGAUGGCCCUGCAGCUGCAGCAGAUGGACGUGAAGAGUGCUGCGCUGAUUCCGUUGCAAGCUCUUGCUAGGGGGCACAUCAUCAGACAGAGGCUGAGGGAUGAGGCGGAGCGCGUCAUGGCGGAGGAGGCAGCAAGCCUUGCCUCCUCCCUCCUCCUCUUUCGGCAGAACAGAAGCGCUCGCAUCAUUCAGUUGGGAUGGCGAGCAUGGACGGCCUUCAAGUACGAGUGGGCAAUGAACAGGUUUGCCAGCAGGAUACAGAUCUGGUUCAGGGUGAGGAGGAUGAGCUCGUUAGGAAGGAUGCAGAGGAGGAAGAUAUUCCAGUCAGCCACGAAGAUCCAGAGCGUGUGCAUGGGUCACAGAGGAAGGAAUAUCUUCAGGGAAUUCAAGAGGACCAAGUUCGCCACCCGCAUCCAGGCGACUUUCCGCGGGCAUCGGGAGAGGGUUGUGGCAUUCCAACUGCUGCGGGAGGCGAGAGAGCAGGCGAGGAGGGAGAGGGAGAGGCGGCAGAGGGAGCUGGAGGAAGAGCGGCGGCAGUUGGCGAUCAUCGCACAGUCUAAUCGAGGACAGAUUGAAGUUUUCGUGCAGGAGCCAACUCAGAGUGAUGCGUCCUACCGACCAGCGCAGAUAGUCCCUGGGUACAUGAAAGUCAUAGCCGAGCAGGAGGAGCGGGUCAGGAGACCAACAGCGAAGAGCGACGAUUUCGGGUGGCAGUCCGUGGAUCCUUCGGUUGAUCCUUACGAGGGUCUCGACCUACACGACCAGUAUUCUAGCGAGGACGAGGCAGACGCUCAAUCGCGGGAGUGA